AUGGGGCUAAGAGCGGCCAGCCUCUUCCUCCUCUGGCUGGCUCUUUCCUCUGCUUAUGAAAUAAAAAAGGGAAGGACAAGAAACCAUGGCCACUAUGUCUGCAGCACCUGGGGAAACAACCACUUCAAAACUUUCGAUGGAGACGUCUACCAAUUCCCUGGCAUUUGCGAGUAUAAUUUUGUUUCCGACUGCCGAGAUGCUUACAAGGAAUUCUCUGUCCACAUCCAGCGUGCUCUCAACGAUGAUGGCCAUCCUGAGAUCCAGUAUAUCCUGAUGAAAAUCAAGGAUAUCGCGAUCUACCUCAAACCAAACCUGGUUGUGGUGGAUGGACACAUUGUGAAGACACCUUACUACUCCUCUGGCGUCUUCAUUGAGACCACUGAAAUUUACACCAAGAUUUAUGCCAAAGUAGGCAUGGUUCUGAUGUGGAAUCAACAGGAUGCCCUGAUGGUGGAGCUGGACAACAAAUUUAAUAACCAUACCUGUGGUCUCUGUGGGGAUUACAAUGGAAUUCAAAUCUACAAUGAGUUCAUCAAAGGAGAUGCAAGCUACAACUCAAUUACAUUUGGGAACAUGCAGAAGAUUAGCAAACCCACUGCCAAAUGUGAAGACCCAGACGAAACCCAGGCUCUUCCAAGCUGUAAUGAGCAUCGUGAUGAGUGUCAGAAGCUGCUGACUUCCUCUGCAUUUGCUGAUUGUCGGCUACGUCUUAAUUUGGAAAUGUACAUCCAAGCCUGCAUGCAGGACAAGUGUGCCUGUAAUGGGAAGACAGACUCCUUCUGCCUCUGCAGCACCAUCUCUGAGUAUUCCCGCCAGUGUUCACAUGCAGGCGGCCGCCCGGGAGAAUGGAGAACAGAGAGCUUUUGCCCCAAGAGUUGUCCUGCUACCAUGGUCUAUAGAGAAAGCAGCUCACCCUGCAUGGAUACUUGCUCACACUUGGACAUCAGCAGCCUUUGUGAGGAGCACUACAUGGAUGGUUGUUUCUGCCCUGAAGGAACUGUGUAUGAUGAUAUCAGUGAAAAAGGCUGCAUCCCUGUUAGCCAGUGCUACUGCAAACUCGGUGGAAAGACGUAUGCACCUGGAGAAAGCAUUUCCAAAGAAUGUGAAGAAUGCACCUGUAAUUCAGGCAGAUGGACCUGCAAAGAUCUAGACUGUCCAGGCACAUGCUCAGUGGAAGGAGGUUCCCAUAUUUCCACCUUUGAUGGGAAGAAAUACACCUUCCAUGGAGACUGCUACUAUGUGUUGGCCAAGGGUACUGCAAAUGAGAGUUAUACUCUCCUGGCAGAGCUGGUUCCCUGUGGCUCCACAGACAAACAGACCUGCUUGAAGACUGUUGUGCUGUUAGCGGAUAACAAAAAGAAUGUGGUGGUUUUCAGAUCAGAUGGCAGCGUGCUCCUGAAUGACAUGACAGUGAAUGUGCCUCAUGUGUCAGCCAGCUUCUCAGUAUUCAAGCCAUCUUCCAACUUCUUUGUUGUACAAACUUCUUUUGGGCUUCAGAUGCAGAUCCAGCUGUCCCGAGUCAUGCAGCUGUUUGUGACUGUAGAUCAAUCAGUUAAAGGAAAACUUCAAGGUCUUUGUGGAAACUUCAAUGGAAUGGAAGGUGAUGACUUUAAAGCAGCCAGCGGGCUGAUUGAGGCUACAGGAUCUGCCUUUGCUAACACGUGGAAAGCUCAGUCCACCUGCAGAGACCAGGCAGAAAAGCUGGAAGACCCCUGCAGUCUCAGCAUUGAAAGUGCAAAUUAUGCUGAGCAUUGGUGUUCUUUGCUGAGAAACCCAGAUGGUCCUUUUGCAAGAUGUCACUUAGCCGUUGAUCCUUCAGAAUACUAUAAGAAAUGUAAAUAUGACACCUGCCUCUGUGAAGACAAUGAAGAAUGUUUGUGUGCUGCUCUGUCCUCCUACUCAAGAGCCUGUGCUUUCAAAGGGAUCAUACUGGGAGACUGGAGAAAUAGUGUCUGCAGUAACGAAGCAUCUUGCCCAGGAAAUCAAGUCUUCCUUUACAAUCUUACAAUGUGCGAGCAAACCUGUCGUUCCCUUGCUGAUGGUGAAAAGUAUUGCUUGCAAGACUUUGCUCCUGUGGAUGGCUGUGGCUGCCCAUCCAACACAUACCUGGAUAACCAGGGUAACUGUGUGCCCAUCUCCCAGUGCUCAUGUUAUUACAAGGGCUCAUACCUGGAACCCGGGCAAUAUUUCACAAAAGAUGGAGAACGCUGUGUUUGCCGAAAUGCUAAGAUCCAGUGCACUUCAGUGAAAUUAAGAAUGAGAAGUGAAGAAGAAUGUUCUUCUAACAAGACAUACUUUGACUGCAGUGCAUCCUCAAAGUGGAGUUCACAAACACCUCUACAGCUUAGCUGUCAUACUCCUCAAACUGAUCAUUUCCAGACAGAGUGUGUCUCAGGCUGUGUGUGUCCUAAAGGUCUAUUUGAUGAUGGCAGAGGGGGCUGUGUUAAGCAAAAUGAUUGCCCAUGCAUUCAUAACAAUGAGUGGUAUUCUUCUGGAGAAAAGAUAAAAGUGGACUGCAACACUUGCACUUGCCAGAAAGGGCUUUGGAAAUGCACUGAUCAUGUGUGCUAUGGGACCUGUACGAUAUAUGGAAGUGGCCAUUAUAACACUUUUGAUGGGAAAUUCUAUGACUUUGAUGGGAGCUGUGAAUAUGUGGCUACUCAGGACUUCUGUGGCGACAAAAAUUCCAGUGGCUCAUUCAGUAUCAUCACAGAGAAUGUCCCUUGUGGAACUACAGGAGUCACCUGCUCAAAGGCUAUCAAAAUGUUCCUAGGGAAAACUGAACUGAAAUUGGAGAACAAAGAGUACAAAGAAAUUCAGCGAGAUGUUGGUGAUGAUGUGCAGUAUUGGAACAGGACAGUCGGUCUGUACCUGGUUAUUGAGGCUAGCAAUGGUGUGAUGCUGAUCUGGGACAAGAAGACUACUGUUUUCAUCAAGCUGAGCCCUGAUUACAAAGGCAAAGUGUGUGGUCUGUGUGGCAACUUUGAUGACAAGGCAAACAAUGACUUUACAACAAGGAGUGGUCUGCAGGACUCUAAUCCUCUGAAUUUUGGAAAUUCCUGGAAACAAUCUCCCAUGUGCCCAGAUGUCACACAAGAGAUUAAGCCCUGUGAUCUGAAACCACACCGGAAAUCCUGGGCGGAGAAAGAAUGCAGCAUCAUCCAGAGUGAAGUCUUCAAAAUUUGUCACUCCAAGGUGAACCCACUUCCUUUCUAUGAAGCUUGUGUUCAUGAUGCCUGCUCUUGUGACAGUGGUGGAGACUGUGAGUGCUUCUGCUCUGCAGUUGCAGCGUACGCCCAAGAGUGCAUCAAGGCUGAGGCCUGUGUUUUCUGGAGAACUCCUGAUAUCUGCCCCAUAUUCUGUGACUACUACAACCCCCGCAAUGAGUGUGACUGGCACUACGAGCCUUGUGGCAGCAAUAUCACAACCUGCAGAAUGAUCAAUAAUGUCAGCACCAACUUAACAAUACCACUACUGGAAGGCUGCUACCCCAGAUGCCCUAAGGACAAGCCUAUUUAUAAUGAAGAGACAAAGGAAUGUGUGACUGAAGAUCAAUGUGGAUGUUACCUUGAAGAUGGAACUCAUGUUCCCCCUGGACAAGAAAUACCCUCAAACGAAAACUGUACAAUAUGUGUCUGUGUCCCAUCAGGAUCCAUACAGUGUAAGCCAGUCCCAGGGUGUCCUUGUGUCAUCAAUGGAACGAGUUAUGAAGAGGGUGCUACUGUGGGAAUUGUACAGGAUGGCGACAUAUGUAUAACAUACAUCUGUGCAGAAAAUGGUUCUGUCGUUCCUGGUGAAGUCUUUCCUUGUCCAACAUCUUCACCUACAACCAUUUCUACCUCCUCCUCUUCCAGUACACUUACCACCACCACUGCAGUUUCCACUACGAGCCAUCCAGUAACUACAACUCCUUGCUUUGGACUGAUCUGUAAUUGGACUGAGUGGUUUGAUGUUAGUAAACCUGAUGAAGGUGAUGGUGACUAUGAAACAUAUGAGGCAAUCAGAAACCAUGGACACAAAAUAUGUAAAGCUCCUGAAAAAAUUGAAUGCAGGGCUGCGGAUAAACCUGGUGUGAGCUUAGAAGAACUUGGUCAGAAAGUCCAGUGUAAUGUUACAUAUGGGCUAAUCUGUAAAAAUGAGGAGCAAGAUGUAACUAUGUGGCAACUUUGCUAUAACUAUGAAAUCAGAGUAAACUGUUGUGAGUGGCAAGAAAUUCCUUGUGAGCCUACGGCUACACCUACUGCACCACAAACUACAACUUCAACCACCAUUCCCACCACAACCACCGGUACAAUUACCACCACACCCACCAGCACCACCCCUCCCACUACCACUACCACAACAGGAAGACCAACAACAACAACAACUGUUUCAACAACAACCACCACAGAGAGCACAACAUCCUCUACAACGGAAUUGCCAACCAUUUCCUCAUCACCAGAGACUCCCACCACGACCACCAGUACAACUACCACCACACCCACCAGCACCACUACCUCUCCCACCACCACAACCAGUGGACCAACGACAACUGUUCCAACACCAACCCCCCCAGGCUGUGAGUGCGUCUGGACGGACUGGAUUGAUGUGAGUUACCCAAAUGGUUCCGACAAGAACAGUGGUGACUACGAAACCUUUGAGAACAUUGGGCAGAAAUACCCCUCCUGGGAGUGUGCAAAAGUUGAGAAUAUUUCAUGCCGAGCAGAGAAAUUCCCUAACAUUCCUAUUGCAGAUUUAGGGCAGAAAGUGGAAUGUAGUGUUGAUGUAGGGCUCAUCUGUAACAAUUCAGUUCAGAAGCCAGGAGGGGUAGCACUAAUUCCAGUCUGCCUCAACUAUGAGAUCAGUGUCUGCUGCACCCCCAACCGCCCAGAGUGUUUUCCAUCUCCCACCCCGACCACCACUACAACUACCACCACAACCACCAGAACCACCCCUCCCACUACCACUACUACCACAGGAGGACCAACGACAACAACAACUGUUGCAACAACAACCACCACAGGUAUGAUCCAAAACCAAAUGAUUCCAGCUAAAAGCCCUGUGCCUCCAACUACAGUAACAACAGAGAAUUCUCUUGCUCUGUUGUCAUUUGUGUCCUUGUUAGAGCACAACAUCCUCUACAACGGAAUUGCCAACCAUUUCCUCAUCACCAGAGACUCCCACCACAACCACCGGUACAACUACCACCACACCCACCAGCACCACUACCUCUCCCACCACCACAACCAGUGGACCAACGACAACAACUGUUUCAACAACAACCACCACAGAGAGCACAACAUCCUCUACAACGGAAUUGCCAACCAUUUCCUCAUCACCAGAGACUCCCACCACAACCACCGGUACAACUACCACCACACCCACCAGCACCACUACCUCUCCCACCACCACAACCAGUGGACCAACGACAACAACUGUUGCAACAACAACCACCACAGAGAGCACAGCAUCCCCUACAACGGAAUUGCCAACCAUUUCCUCAUCACCAGAGACUCCCACCACAACCACCGGUACAACUACCACCACACCCACCAGCACCACUACCUCUCCCACCACCACAACCAGUGGAACAACGACAACAACUGUUUCAACAACAACCACCACAGAGAGCACAACAUCCUCUACAACGGAAUUGCCAACCAUUUCCUCAUCACCAGAGACUCCCACCACGACCACCGGUACAACUACCACCACACCCACCAGCACCACUACCUCUCCCACCACCACAACCAGUGGACCAACGACGACUGUUCCAACAACACCCCCCCCAGGUCCAUACAAAGGAAUGUGGCCCAUCUGUGGUGGGCACACACAGAACUCAUCAAUGUGUGUAUCCCAAUUUGGGCCUGGAGUGGCUGUGAGUGCAUCUGGACGGACUGGAUUGAUGUGAGUUACCCAAAUGGUUCCGACAAGAACAGUGGUGACUACGAAACCUUUGAGAACAUUGGGCAGAAAUACCCCUCCUGGGAGUGUGCAAAAGUUGAGAAUAUUUCAUGCCGAGCACAGAAAUUCCCUAACAUUCCUAUUGCAGAUUUAGGGCAGAAAGUGGAAUGUAGUGUAGAUGUAGGGCUCAUCUGUAACAACAAAGAUCAACCAAUAGGAGGUAUAAUUCCAAUGCCAGUCUGCCUCAACUACGAGAUCAGUGUCUGCUGCACCCCCAACUACCCAGAGUGUUUUCCAUCUCCCACCCCGACCACCACUACAACUACCACAACACCGAUCAGCACGACCCCUCCCACUACCACUACCACCACAGGAGGACCAACAACAACAACAACUGUUACAACAACAACCAGCACAGAGAGCACAACAUCCUCUACAACGGAAUUGCCAACCAUUUCCUCAUCACCAGAGACUCCCACCACGACCACCGGUACAACUACCACCACACCCACCAGCACCACUACCUCUCCCACCACCACAACCAGUGGACCAACGACAACAACUGUUGCAACAACAACCACCACAGCACACACAGAGAGCACAACAUCCUCUACAACGGAAUUGCCAACCAUUUCCUCAUCACCAGAGACUCCCACCACGACCACCGGUACAACUACCACCACACCCACCAGCACCACUACCUCUCCCACCACCACAACCAGUGGACCAACGACAACAACUGUUGCAACAACAACCACCACAGCACACACAGAGAGCACAACAUCCUCUACAACGGAAUUGCCAACCAUUUCCUCAUCACCAGAGACUCCCACCACGACCACCGGUACAACUACCACCACACCCACCAGCACCACUACCUCUCCCACCACCACAACCAGUGGACCAACGACAACAACUGUUUCAACAACAACCACCACAGAGAGCACAGCAUCCCCUACAACGGAAUUGUCAACCAUUUCCUCAUCACCAGAGACUCCCACCACAACCACCGGUACAACUACCACCACACCCACCAGCACCACUACCUCUCCCACCACCACAACCAGUGGACCAACGACAACAACUAUUGCAACAACAACCACCACAGAGAGCACAGCAUCCCCUACAACGGAAUUGUCAACCAUUUCCUCAUCACCAGAGACUCCCACCACGACCACCGGUACAACUACCACCACACCCACCAGCACCACUACCUCUCCCACCACCACAACCAGUGGACCAACGACAACAACAACUGUUACAACAACGCCCCCCCCAGGCUGUGAGUGCAUCUGGACGGACUGGAUUGAUGUGAGUUACCCAAAUGGUUCCGACAAGAACAGUGGUGACUACGAAACCUUUGAGAACAUUGGGCAGAAAUACCCCUCCUGGGAGUGUGCAAAAGUGGAGAAUAUUUCAUGCCGAGCAGAGAAAUUCCCUAACAUUCCUAUUGCAGAUUUAGGGCAGAAAGUGGAAUGUAGUGUUGAUGUAGGGCUCAUCUGUAACAAUUCAGUUCAGAAGCCAGGAGGUGUAGCACUAAUUCCAGUCUGCCUCAACUAUGAGAUCAGUGUCUGCUGCACCCCCAACCGCCCAGAGUGUUUUCCAUCUCCCACCCCGAGCACCACACCUUCCACGGCUUCAUCCACAACGAGCAGGGUGUCCACUCCAAUAUCAACAAUCUCUCCAACGCCAACAAGAGAGGAGACUCCCAGCAGUACCACCCCUACCACCACCACCACCACCACCACCACGUUGCCCCCCAAUACCACCACCACCAGUGGCAGCACCUCACAGACAACGCCAACUGUUCCUGUCUCAACAACACCCAUUUCAACUACUUCAAGCUCAUCCACGCCCACACCAACAUACACCAUCACCACACCAACUCCAGUCACCCCAAGUGUAGCAUCCACUACACCAGAACUGCCAACCACAUCACCGCAGACUCCUGGUACCACUACCACCACCAUCACCACCACCACCACCCAGUCUCCAACCACAACCACUACUGGUAUUGGAUCACCAACACCCACCUCAACUACUUCUAGCACAUCAUCUCCCACACCAACAUACACCAGCACUCUACCAACUCCAGCAACACCUCCAUCCACACCAAGCACGCCAAAAUCAACAACCACUCCCUCAUCACCAGAGACUCCCACUACUACCACCAGCCCUCCGAGCACAACAACCACUGUUUCUCGAUCAACAACAACCAUCUCAACUCCUGGAACCCCAUCUUCGUCCACACCGAGCACACCAAAAUCAACGACUCCCUCGACACCGGGGACUCCCACCACCACCAGCACCAGCCCUCCAAUCAGUACCACCACUGUUACUGGAUCAACACCAACACCCACUUUAACUACUUCAAGCACAUCCUCACCAACACCAACAUACACCACCACCCUACCAACUCCAGCCCCAUCUUCGUCCACACCGAGCACACCAAAAUCAACAACUCCCUCGACACCAGAAACUCCCACCAGCACCAGCCCUCCGAUCAGUACAACCACUGUUACUGGAUCAACACCAACACCCACUUUAACUACUUCAAGCACAUCCUCACCAACACCAACAUACACCACCACCCUACCAACUCCAGCCCCAUCUUCAUCCACACCGAGCACACCAAAAUCGACACCCACUCCUACACCACCGGAGACUCCCACCACCACCACCACCAGCCCUCCGCGCACAACAACCACUGUUCCUGAAACAACAACAUCAACCGUCUCAACUCCUGAAAAUAUUAUCACUAUAACUGCAUCGGGCCCACCCACAGAACCAAUAAAGGGUACCACAACACCAGAGACGCCAACAAACACUCCAGUUACUCCUUCAACUACCCCGCUGCCAACAACAAGAACUACAGAAAUAAGUACGUCUACUGCAAGCACCACUAGUCAACAGUCAACAUCACCAGUGUCAACAAGCCCAGUGACAUCUACCACCUCUGAAGUCACUGAAACAACAACAGCCACCAAGACCACCACUUCAGGCCCCACACCCCCAUCAUCCACCAGCACCACACCAGUAACACCUUACCAUGGGAGCACUACCACUAGUACCACAAGCCCUCCAACAGGAUCACCUACCACCACUUCUGGCCCUGGCACCACCACAACCUCAGGACCAAGCAGCACUACAGGAACACCACCACCAAUAUCAACAACCCCAUUCACUGGAAUAACAUCAACCACCAAGACCACCACUUCAGGACCCACACCCUCAGUGUCCACUCCCCCUACCACCACAGUAGGAACAGAAAUAAGUACCCCGAGUACAACCUCUGCAACUGUUACUACUCCAACAACAUCACCUGCAUCAACCAGCCCUGUGUCAACCACCACUUCUGGUACUACUCCAACAACAUCACCUGCAUCAACCAGCCCUGUGUCAACCACCACUUCUGGUACUACUCCAACAACAUCACCUGCAUCAACCAGCCCUGUGUCAACCACCACUUCUGGUACUACUCCAACAGAAAGCUUUACCACCACUUCAGGAACCACCACGACUACUGUUAUCACAAUCAAUGCAACCACCACCUCCACCACCUUCAAAACCCUCCCCCCUAGCUCAACUACUACAUCUGGGACUACUGCAACAUCAACUGCAGUCACCACUACAGGAAGUUCUACACACAGUGCAACUCCUCCAGUUAAUGGCUCAAGUUCAACUACAAGUCUAACACCAACCACUCCUAAAAAAACCUGUACUAUUUUCCCUAAUGAAUCUUAUGAGCAAGGUGACUCAUGGUGGCUCUGUAACUGCACUAAGGUAGUAUGUAUAGAAGACAACAUUGUCCAGGUGAUUCCAGUAAUCUGCAAUCCACCUCCAAAACCCACAUGUGCCAAUGGACUGUCUCCUGUGCCAGUCAUUGAUGAAGAUGGAUGCUGUUGGCACUGGGAGUGUGAUUGCUACUGCACUGGCUGGGGAGAUCCACAUUACAUGACUUUUGAUGGAUUGUACUACAGCUAUCAAGGGAAUUGUACAUAUGUCCUUGUGGAAGAGAUCAAUAAGAAAGUUGACAACUUUGGUGUUUACAUUGAUAACUACCAUUGUGAUGCACGGGAUGUAGUGUCCUGUCCUCGAACACUCAUCGUGAGACACGAGACUCAGGAAGUGAGACUAAGAACAGCACAACCGAAUACUCUACAAGUAGAGGUGACAGUAAACAACCAACUUGUGGCUUUGCCUUAUAAGAAGUUUGGCGUGAGCAUCUAUGAGUCAGGCAUAAAUCGUGUUGUGGAAAUUCCUGAGCUGAAAAUGAAUGUGACCUACAAUGGCUUGUCCUUUGCUAUCAGAAUGCCCUACAGCCUGUUUGGCAACAACACCCAGGGACAGUGUGGUACUUGCAAUAAUAACACAGCAGAUGACUGCAUGCUGCCAAAUGGAAACAUUGCAGAUAACUGUGAAACCAUGGCAGAUCAUUGGCAAGUUCUCGAUCCUUCCAAACCCCAGUGCUCUCCAGGCCUAGUUCCUACAGGUUCACCAAGCACAACACCAGUACAGCCUUGCAAAGAAUCUGCCAUCUGCGAGCUUCUUUUGGGAAGUGUGUUCAAGCCUUGCCAUGCAUUUGUGAAUCCUGAAAAGUACUAUGCAGCCUGUGUUUUUGAUAGCUGUGUACUUCCCAACAUGGACCUGGAAUGCUCAAGUCUGCAGAUCUACGCUGCCACCUGUGCUGAUCAAGGCGCAUGCAUUGACUGGAGAAAACACACCAAUGGUGUAUGCUGUAAGUAUGAAUGUCCUCCAGGUAAAGAAUACAGAGCAUGUGGUCCUAUUAAAGAGACAACCUGCAAAACAAGAGGACAGAAUGACACAUCAACUAAACAAGUGGAAGGCUGUUUCUGUCCUAAUGGAACCAUGCUGUAUGACUCCGGUGUGAAUGUCUGCGUGAAAACCUGUGGCUGUGUUGGAGUGGAUAUGAUACCGAGAGAGUUUGGAGAAAAGUUUGUAGUGGACUGUCAGGACUGUAUUUGCCUGGAAGGUGAACAUGGCAUUGUAUGUCAACCUCAUGUAUGUGAUCAAAAGAAGGUCACUUGUGAUGGAGAAGGCUUCUAUGAAGUCACUGAAGUCAAUCCUAAUGACUCCUGCUGCCCUCUUCUCACUUGCAAAUGCAAUACAAGCUUGUGCACAGCCAAAGCCCCCAAGUGCUCACUGGGAUUCGAAGUUCAUUCUUAUAUUCCCAGUGGUCAGUGCUGUCCUGUAUACCAAUGUGUUCCCAAGGGGGUUUGCGUACACGAGAAUGCUGAGUUCUUGCCCAACUCCUCAGUCUUUGUUGACAAAUGUCACAGUUGUAUCUGCACAAAUGAUGUUAACGUCAGCACUCAACUGAAUAUCAUCUCCUGUGAACAUGUCCCCUGCAACACAUACUGUCAACCAGGAUAUGAAAUUAAGCCAGUGAAAGGUGAAUGCUGUGGAAAAUGUGUGCAGACCAAAUGUAUUAUACACACAGCAGACAAUUCUGAACUCAUCUUGAGUCCUGGAGACUUUAAAAAUGAUCCUCAAAACAACUGCACCAUUUAUAGCUGUGUAGAUAUCCACAACCAGCUUAUCGCUUCCACAUCUGAGAUUACCUGUCCAGCAUUCAAUGAGGAGAGCUGCAAACCUGGAACUAUUUCAUUCUUACCUAAUGGUUGUUGCAAAACCUGUGCCCCUCUGGACAGCACCACCCCGUGCUCUGUGCGCCACAGAUCAGACUUUAUCGUCUACAAUGGCUGCCGCUCCGUGGACAGAGUUGACUUGACUGAAUGUGAAGGAACAUGUGGAACCUUCUCGCUAUACUCUGCUGAGGCCAAUUCUAUGGACCACAGCUGCUCCUGCUGCAGAGAAACAAGCACCACUGAGAAACACGUGGUUCUGAAAUGCCCCGGUGGGCACUCAGUGUCACACAAGUACAUGUAUGUGGAGAGCUGCAGCUGUCAAGACACUGAAUGCAGCAGGCCACAGUCCAGUGAGCUGGAGAACAACGAAGAAAAUGACAAUGUGACCCUGGCAUCCUAAAAGGACUGAAAACCAUUCUUAACUUCCUUGACUACUUUUGAACUUUA